CCUGGAGCCAUGGGGGACACCGGGGUGGCCUUGGCACACGCCCUGCUCUGUGUCACCAGCCUGGGCUGCGCCCUCGCCGCCAGACAGGUGACCCCUGGCCCGGCCGCCGGUUUCCUGCUGCAGGCCCUGGUGGCCGCCAGCUCCGCGCUGUCCCCUCCGUGUCCCCCCCGCGCUGUCCCCGAGGUGCCACCGCCGCCAUUGUCCCCGCCGGGCUCCUGGAUCUGCUCGGUGCUGUCCCAGCCCUUGGUGGCCUUCGGGUGCCACCGCCUGAGCGGCGACGGCGCCACCGCCGGGCUCCUGCUGGCCUCGGGCACCGCGGUGGCCGCGCUGGCCGCGGGGUGGCCGCGCUUCCUCACCCAGGGCCACUUUGUCCCCGCGGGUCACUUUGUCACCGCGCUGACGGCGGCCUCGCUGCUGGCGCUGGCGCUGCUCACCGGGAGCAUCCCCGGGGCGGUGGCGGCGGCGCUGGUGGCGCUCGGGGACGCGGUGGCACCGGGGGCCGUGCCCUGGGUCAGGGCGGCCGCCAGCGUGGCACUGCUG